GAGUGACAUAUACAUGUAUCAGCCCUAAAAUUUCAAGUACAAUUCUGAUGAGAAUCAGUACCUCCCCAAAUCUCAACGGUCAAUCGAACGAAGCUCCGGCAGCGAUAGGCGGCGCCGGCGACAAUUAGCACAGUUUCAAUCUCCUUGUACCAGAAAACAGAAAGAUGAAUUUUGUGACGUCACUCUGUAGAAGAUUGAACCUCAAUGAGCUGGUUAGAAACGCUCCUGUCUACUGUUCUGCCAGUGAUAUCUCUGGAGGAGGAUUAAGCUUGACAUUCAGACGAUGGGCUACAAAAAAGACGGCAGGAUCCACAAAGAACGGUCGUGACUCCAAUCCAAAGUUUCUUGGAGUGAAGAAGUUUGGUGGAGAGAGAGUGACUCCUGGGAAUAUCAUUGUUCGUCAAAGAGGAACCCGAUUCCAUCCGGGAGACUAUGUUGGAAUUGGAAGGGAUCACACCUUUUUUGCUUUGAAAGCAGGUUGUGUCAAAUUUGAACGCCAUAAGCUGAGCGGAAGGAAGUGGGUGCAUGUUGAGCCUAAGGAAGGCCAUGUCCUCCACCCUGUCUAUUCAAGUGCUUCAUCAGCUCCUAAGAUGGAGAGCGCCUCCUAGAUUUCAUCCUUUAGUUUUCAUCUAGUGUUCAAUAGCUGAUGCAACUAUAAGGAGACUGCUCAGAAACAUUUUUGUUUUCAGUUAUUUUGCUCUUGUUUCUUAAGUUUUUAGAAACAGGCAGCUUUAUUACUUGAUUGGAAAUACUGCCUUUGGUUGAUGAAUGGGACUCAAGAUGCUAUCUUGUGCUGUUAUCGUGCCAAGAUUCAGAGCUAAAUAAAUUGUACUCUGUAAUAUACUUCUUUAUUUGUUUUUGGCUUCAAUGUAUGGAGAUGAGUAUAUUGCUUGGGUU